CUGCCGCGCCGCCCUGGGAGCCGCUGCUGGUCCUGGCCUUGCGGCCUGCGGGGAAGGCUGCCCGGAGGAGGAGGCGACGGUGGCAGCGGCGGCGCGUCCCCGGCCCCCAGGACCACGGCUUCCUUUCUGCCAGACCUAUCCAUCUGUCUAUCCAUCCGUGGGGGUCUACAAUGGCCACCUUCAGCCGCCAGGAAUUUUUCCAGCAGCUACUGCAGGGCUGUCUCCUGCCUACUGUCCAGCAGGGCCUUGACCAGAUCUGGCUGCUUCUUGCCAUCUGCCUCGCCUGCCGCCUCCUCUGGAGGCUUGGGUUGCCAUCCUACCUGAAGCAUGCAAGCACCGUGGCAGGCGGGUUCUUCAGCCUCUACCACUUCUUCCAGCUGCACAUGGUUUGGGUCGUGCUGCUCAGCCUCCUGUGCUACCUCGUGUUGUUCCUCUGCCGACACUCUUCCCAUCGUGGCGUCUUCCUCUCGGUCACCAUCCUCAUCUACCUACUCAUGGGUGAGAUGCACAUGGUGGACACGGUGACGUGGCACAAGAUGCGAGGGGCCCAGAUGAUUGUGGCCAUGAAGGCAGUGUCUCUGGGCUUCGAUCUGGACCGGGGCGAGGUGGGUGCAGUGCCCUCGCCCGUGGAGUUCAUGGGCUACCUCUACUUCGUGGGCACCAUCGUCUUUGGGCCCUGGAUAUCCUUCCACAGCUACCUACAGGCUGUUCAAGGCCGCCCACUGAGCCGCCGAUGGCUGCAGAAGGUGGCCCGCAGCCUGGCGCUGGCCCUGCUGUGCCUUGUACUGUCCACUUGUGUGGGCCCCUACCUCUUCCCCUAUUUCAUCCCCCUUGAUGGUGACCGCCUCCUUCGCAACAAGAAACGCAAAGCCAGGGGCACCAUGGUAAGGUGGCUGAGAGCCUACGAGAGUGCUGUCUCCUUCCACUUCAGCAACUAUUUUGUGGGUUUUCUAUCGGAGGCCACGGCCACGUUGGCAGGGGCUGGCUUCACGGAGGAAAAGGAUCAUCUUGAAUGGGACCUAACGGUAUCCAAGCCACUGAAUGUGGAACUGCCCCGGUCAAUGGUGGAAGUUGUCACAAGCUGGAACCUGCCCAUGUCUUACUGGUUAAAUAAUUAUGUUUUCAAGAAUGCCCUCCGUCUGGGAACUUUCUCAGCUGUGCUGGUCACUUAUGCAGCCAGUGCCCUCCUGCACGGCUUCAGCUUCCACCUGGCUGCGGUACUCCUAUCUCUGGCAUUUAUCACUUACGUGGAGCAUGUCCUCCGGAAGCGCCUGGCUCGGAUCCUCAGUGCCUGCGUCCUGUCCAAGCGGUGUUUGCCUGACUGUUCACACCGGCAUCGCUUGGCACUUAUUGAACACCUGCUGUAUACGCACCUGGCAUUCAUUCCUCCAAGGAACAUUUAUUGAGCACAUGCUAGUUCUAAAUGCUGGAGAUGCAGUAGUGAACAAAGGAGACCAAAGUCCUGGCCCUUUGGGACAAACAUGUUAACAGGGGAGACAGUAAAAUAAAAAUGUCAAUGAAGUCUAAUAGUUUGUCAGGGGCCAUGCGUGGUGGGCAUGCCUGUAAUCCCAGCAACUUGGGAGGCUGAGGCAGAAGGAUCACAAGUUUGAAGAUAGCCUCUGCAACUUAGUAAGGCCCUAAGCAACUUAGUGAGAUCCUGUCUCAAAAAUAAAUGAAAAGGACUGGGGAUAUGACUCAGUGGGAAAGUACCCCUGGGUUCAAUCCCCAGUACCAAAAAAAAAAAGUUUGUCAGGGUGCAAGUAGUACUAAAUGUAAGGGAGAGGGGAUGGGAAAUAUGGGGGGUGGUUUCCAUUUUAAAUAGGGUCAGGGGAGUCCCCCUGGGUGUGGUGACUUUUGAGUUUUAAGUGAAGGAGGCGAGGGAGGGAAGCAUUCCAGGUAAUGGAAAGACCCAGUGUAAAAGGCCUGAACAUGGGAGCGGGCCUGGAAUCAUUGACAAACAGUGAGAAGGUCAAGGUGUCUUGAGCAAAGUGAGGGGGACGGGGGUGGGGAAAAUAUGGGCCCUCUAGGUUAUGGCGGGAUUCGUUU